UCCCGAACAUCUGGAACAGCGUGCCUCCCGAGGGACCCAGGAUCAACCUCCAGUCCUAGAUCAGCGGUUCCUCACGUGACAGUCACCCCAGGAACCAGUUUCAUGGAACAAACACAGAGAAUCCCGAACCAGCCCCUCCCCACCCCUACCAAGUCCAAGAAGAGAAGGACACCACUGCUAUCUUUCUUUUCCAAGGUCUCUUGGAAACUGAGGUUGCAGAAGCGGGAGCCUUUGAAGAACGUGCUCUCCGUCUUGGGAGAAAGAGCCCGGGAUCCUAAUGCUAAAAAGCGCCGUCUAGCAAUGAGGGGCCUGGGUACUCUGGCCUGUGAAGCUCCUGACAAGGUGAGAAAGUAUAAGAAAGUUAUGCUUGGCCUCCUGGUAAAUGGACUAUAUGAUCCUGUGAGUUCUGAAGUUAUCCACGAGAGUGUGAAGACUCUGAUCAUCCUGCUGGGCAAGAUCCAGGGCCAAGGGCUGGGCUCCUUCUUCAUAGACAUCACCCUUCAGACCCGGACUUUAUUGAAUGAUGAGGAUGACAGCGUGAGGCACUCGGCCUUUGUCCUCCUUGGGCAGUUGGCUGCAUUUGCUGGACAGAAAUGGGAGAAAUUUUUCACCCACCAGGUUAACCAGACCCGAGAUUCGCUCCUAAGCCAUUUGCAGGAUGAAAGCCCUCAGGUUGCCAAGGCUUGCAAAAUGACUGUUCGAGCCUGUGUUCCAUAUCUGAAACUCAGAAAGGAGCUGAGUUUCCAAAGUGAAGAAGAUCAGAAGAACCCCAGGCUUUCCCGGCAGCUGAGCCACUGCCAUCCAGAGAUCCUGUUGUACUUCUAUGCCAACAAAAUCCUCUAA